AUGGCCCUGUCGAUGCGCUCCGUUUCGAGGUCUCUGAAUCCGCGCCAAGCACCCCGUGUUCGCCCUCAUCAGACCGGCAUCCCACCAUUCGCCCAUGUAGCUACCCGGCAACCUCGAUGCCAGGUGCUUGGCCGGAGGAUUGCGACUGCUGCUGCUGCCACACACCUGCCGACUCAGCAUGCAGGCCAGGGUCUGGACGUGCCCCCCUCAGUCUCACCAUCCAACCCAGCACAAACACAAGCCCAGGCACAGGGUCCUACACCAUCCUCACAACCACAACCACAUCCACAACCACAACCUGUCCCUAAGUCCUUCCGACGUUCCACCAUCAAGGACGCCAGGCCAUUCUCCGACUUCCUGACUGACACCUUCGACCGCCAACAUGACUACCUCCGCAUCUCCCUCACAGAAAAGUGCAACCUGCGCUGCGUCUAUUGCAUGCCCGAGGAGGGUGUGCCGCUUUCCCCCGACCGCGACCUUCUGACCACUCCAGAGAUCGUCUUGCUCGCCUCGACGUUUGUCUCCCAGGGUGUCACCAAGAUCCGGCUAACUGGCGGCGAGCCCACUGUGCGCGCUGACAUUCUGCCUCUCAUGCAGCAGCUCGGGGCCCUCCGACCCUAUGGCCUGCGGGAGCUGUGUAUCACCACCAACGGUAUCGCCUUGCACCGCAAGCUGGAGGCCAUGGUCGAGGCUGGCCUGACGGGCAUCAACCUGAGCCUGGACACCCUUGACCCGUGGCAGUUCCAGAUCAUGACCCGGCGCAAGGGCUUUGCUGCCGUGCAGAAGAGCAUCGCGCGCAUUCAUGAGCUCAACCGCGCCGGCGCCGGCGUGCGGUUCAAGAUCAAUUGUGUUGUCAUGCGCGGCGUCAAUGAUCGCGAGGUUCUCGACUUUGUCGAGAUGACCAAAGACAACAAUGUCGAGGUCAGGUUCAUUGAGUAUAUGCCGUUUGAUGGGAACAAGUGGAGCAAGGGGAAGAUGCUCAGCUACUCCGAGAUGCUUGACUCCAUCCGCGAGCGCUACCCAUCGCUGUGCAAGGUCCAGGACCACAAGAAUGACACGAGUAAGACAUGGCACGUCCCCGGGUUCGCUGGGCGUAUUGGCUUCGUGACGAGCAUGACGCACAAUUUCUGUGGCUCAUGCAACCGUCUGCGCAUUACCAACGAUGGGAAUCUCAAGGUGUGCCUAUUCGGUAACGCCGAGGUGUCCCUGAGGGACAUACUGAGGGAAGUAAAUUGCGGGGAGCCCAUCGAUGAAGAGGCCCUCGCAAGGCUGAAGAAGGUCGCCAUGGACCAGCAACUCCCGGCACGUGCCAUCUCUGAAGAUGGUGGAAAGGCUCUGAUGCUGGCCCCCAAUUCUGAGGAACUGCUACAUGUCAUCGGCGCGGCGGUCAAGAGGAAGAAGGCCAAGCACGCGGGCAUGGGCGAGCUGGAACACAUGAAGAACAGACCAAUGAUAUUAAUAGGUGGGUAG